AUGCUCCUCAGCGACGAGAAGCUCGAGAGUUUUCGAACCGCAUUGCGGCCCCUGACUCUCGUCAUCUACACCUCAUCUCUGCUCCUCGAUGUCAUGAAUAGCACGGGUGUUACGUUCAUCCUUCCACGUGUCGCUGAAGAAUACCACCUCCCGUACACCGAGGCAACAUGGAUGCUAUCCGCAUACGCGCUGACUUUUGGAGCGUUUCUGCUAGUUGUCGGACGUCUUGGCGAUGUUGUGGGCCACAAAGAGGUCUACAUUCUAGGCCUGACCUUGUUCAGCGUCUUUUCUGCGCUGGCGGCUGGUGUCAAUACUGCCGUGGGUUUGUUCGUUGUCAGAGCAUUCCAGGGGGCAUUUGCUGCAAUGACAGUGCCUUCCGCCUACGCCCUCGUUUCUAUCAGCUAUACAGGGAGGGCACGUGAAAUGGCUCUAUCCAUGUUGGGCAUGGGCAUUGCCACCGGCUCUACCGUGGGGAUCAUCGUCGGAGGGGCAGUCACGAAACUUGAAGUGGGCUACAGGCUUCUCUUCUGGAUUUCAUUUGCCCUGAGCAUCGUAUUUGCCCUCUUAUCGGCUAUACUCGUACCUCCAACGCCUCGAAACCUGGCGUUAUUCCGACGGAUCGACUUUUUCGGGACCUUUCUGAUCACUGCAAGCAUCUUGCUCAUCGUCCUGGGCCUCAGCGAAGGCCCCACGGACUGGCAAGCUGCACGAGCACUAUCGCCACUUCUCGUCGGCAUCGCAAUGCUCGCAGCUUUCAUCACAUAUGAGAACAUCUUCUUGCGGAGAACCAGCCCUUCUACAGAGGCGCUUAUUCCACCUCGUGUAUGGACCUUCAAGAAUUUCGCAGCACUGGUCCCGGUGACUGCGCUUAUGUACGGGACUUGCUUCAUGAUGCUCCUAGUCGGCUCACAGUUCCUGGUCAAUGUUCAAGGAAAGCCAGCAUUGACCGCUGCAAUCCAGUAUCUCCCGUUUGCGAUCGCGCCGCUGAUCGCAAUGCCGAUUCUGGGUGCCCUGUACAGCAAGAUCAACCCCAAGUGGACAAUCAUGAUGGGUGAGAUCCUGGCCAUCGCCGGGUGCAUUCUCUUCUCUCGAAACGACGAACGGACCCACUAUUGGUCAUACUCAUUCCCAGGGCUCAUAUUGAUCUCCCUUGGCGUGGCCUGCUUCUUUGUGAACUUCUUGAACCUCGCUGUCGCGAGUGCUCCUCUGCCCGAUCAAGGCUUGGUGGCGGGAAUCAUGCAAAGCGCUGCACAAGUGUCGGUCGCCAUCUUCUACGCCAUAUCAGGCUCUUUCAUCGACAAAGCCACACCCCAGACCAUUCUCUCCGAUUAUCGCAAUGCUUUUUACUGUGCAACCGCUGCGGCUGCAGCGGCUCUCGUCAUCACAGCGUUCCUCAUCCACGCCCCUUCGAGAGAUGAGAGCACGCAUGAGGCCGUACCGAGCGCAACACAGCAGGAAACGGAGCAGGAAAUGGAACAGGACCCUGCCCUGCAUUGA